GAUAUUCACAGAGUAUCCACCAAACCAAAUCGGCUACUUCUCUUUAACCUUGACGUUCUAUCUUUACAGACUGGAAUGAAGAAGUUGUAAAUGAAAAAUUCUGCAUGAAUUGCAAAAAGGGCAUUAAAAAUAACCACAAUGAUCACUUCACCCAAGAUUAUUCUGUGGUCCAUCAUCAGCCGCAUUCUGUUCACAGCACAUGGGGCUCUUUUGGUAUGGGUUGUGGUAGAAAUGAAGAAUAAUCAACUUUACUGGAUUCUACUCAUUGGUCUUCUUCUUCUGAGCUUGGAGAUGGUUGUGACAUUGGCUGUAACUGAAAAAGGAGAAUGGAAAUGGUUUUCUCCAAUGGUGUUUCUGUAUUUGACGGCAGCCAUACCAUCAAUAUUUCUGCUGGAACUUGACUUUCUGCAAUACAGAAUCGUAAUGAGUAACUCAACACAGACUGAGCAUUUGCCUACGGAUGCGGCAUACUUCAUCAUCUAUAAUCCUUGGCUAUUAACUCUGGAACAGGUCAUGAUAUUGGUUAUAGUUAUGGGACGCUGGAUCAUGCCAAAGGGGGAGAUGGACAGGAUCCAACUUACAGAGCUGCUGCUUAUCUACAUUGGUUUAGGAGCAGACAUACUGGAUAUUUUAAAUUUAAUCAAGGACCCGCAGGUAGAAACCUGCAGAAUGGUAAAUAUUGUAGGGUUGUCUAUCUUUAGCUGGGCACUCUUGCAGUUCACUUUAGUGCUCACUCAGACCCAGUCCUCAGAUUCAACAGAUAAUGAUGAAAUGUCUUCUAGUGUGAAAGGUACCUGUGGCUCAUCUUGCUGUACAAAUGAGGUAUGGAGUUUGUUAAUAGCAGUGGGUAUGCAGGAUGGGCCCUUCCUCAUCUUUCGCCUUUAUGUGAUGAUUAAAGAGCAAGUCCUUAAUGAAAUGAUGAUUUUUUUCAUUUGCAAAAACAUUUUUACAGUGAUAAUAGAAAUAUACAGGAUUUUUGUAAUACAGUGUUCUAAAAAGUCUGGUAAAAAUGAAUAAAUAUAUAACAUAUGUCCCAAAAUGUUAUACAAAGGCUGAUGCCACACUGAGUGUAUGGCUUAUA